UUGGCAGAGCUCGCGGCGCCUCCCCCUCCCCCGCCGCCGCCACCACCGCCGCCCCCGGCACCAGCCUCGCCACCGCCACUGCCUACCAUGACGGAUACUAUAAAGUCGACAAAGUCCAUAAAAUCGACCGGCAGUGAGCUGCACGACGAGCUAAAGCUGGUGCUGCCGCAGAUCCAGCAGCGCAAGCUUGAUAUUAAGAAGACGCCGGAUAUUUUCAUACACCAAAAAUCAAACCCUGAUGAGGUAGUGGAAUGGCUCGAGGCCAAAGGGUUCAGCGCGACGGCGCAGAAGCAGAUGCGAAUGCCUGGUCACCAGCUGUUCGCACUGAGCCGUGGGCAGUUCGAGCGUGUGCUGGGUCCAGAUGAGGGCAAGCGUCUCUACAGCCAGGUGCUCGUGCAGCGAAACGUGUCCGGGUACAAGACGACGUCGGCCUCGGAACUGCAGAGUAUCCUUCGCAAAGUCCGCGAGAAGGUGGAGGUGACCUGA